UGAAUUGAAGAUCCAAAAGUUUUCGCCAUCCCCAAUUUCCCACUCCGACGACUCCAAAUCCAAAUCUCACAGAAACAGAAGCAGAAGCAGCAGAAGAAGAAGAACAACAAGAAGAAGAAGGAGAGAGAAGAACACGCAGACAUAACAGAAGAAGAAACAGCGCGAGAUUUUAGAGAGAGAGAGAGAGAGAGCGCUUAAUCUGAGGCAUUAAUGGCGGAAGCGAAGGAAGAGAGCAAAUCUAGCGAGGAGAGUGUGAAGCUGUUCGUAGGUCAAGUUCCGAAGCACAUGACGGAAUCGGAACUGCUGGCAAUGUUCAAGGAGUUCGCGUUGGUCGACGAGGUCAACAUCAUCAAGGACAAAGCCACGCGCUCCUCUCGAGGUUGUUGCUUCGUGAUUUGUCCGUCGAGGGAAGAGGCUGAUAAGGCCGUCAAUGCGUGUCACAAUAAGAAAACGCUGCCAGGGGCUUCUAGUCCAUUGCAAGUAAAGUAUGCUGAUGGCGAGUUGGAAAGAUUAGAACACAAACUCUUCAUCGGAAUGCUUCCAAAGAAUGUUUCUGAAGUUGAAGUCUCUGCACUUUUCUCCAAGUUCGGAACUAUAAAAGAUUUACAAAUUUUAAGAGGUUCUCAGCAAACAAGUAAAGGUUGUGCAUUUUUGAAGUAUGAAACCAAAGAACAAGCCCUUGCUGCUUUAGAGGCAAUCAAUGGAAAGCAUAAAAUGGAGGGUUCGAGUGUUCCUUUGGUAGUCAAAUGGGCUGAUACUGAAAAGGAAAGACAAGCCCGACGAGCUCAGAGAGCACAGUCCCAAGCUUCCAAUGCGCCACAUGCUGAUUCUCAGCACCCAUCAUUGUUUGGAGCCUUGCCAAUGGGUUAUGUUCCUCCGUAUAAUGGAUACGGUUACCAGGCUCCUGGAGGUUAUGGGAUCAUGCCAUACCGGAUGCCACCGAUGCAGAAUCAACCUGGUUACCAUAACAUGAUGCCGCACAUGAAUCAAGCAAAUGCACUACGGCCCGAACUUGGCCCCAAUAUGAACCCAAGAAAUUAUCAUGUGCCUCCUGCAAGUUAUGUUGGCUCUUAUCCUGCUGUUCCAGGCCUACAACAUCCAAUCGCAUACGCAGGAGGCAUGAUUAGUCCAAGGCCUAUGAGUAGUUCUCCUGGUUCUAUUUCACCUGCAGGUGGUAAUGGCAACUCUGGUACAUCAUCUUCAAGUGCUAGCAAGAGUUCUGGGGGUCAAGUUGAAGGACCACCUGGUGCCAACCUGUUUAUUUAUCACAUACCUCAAGAAUUUGGAGAUCAAGAGCUUGCCACUGCUUUUCAACCAUUUGGUAGAGUUUUGAGUGCUAAAGUUUUUGUUGAUAAAGCAACCGGUGUUAGCAAAUGUUUUGGGUUUGUUAGUUAUGAUUCCCCUGAAGCUGCUCAAUCAGCCAUUAGUAUGAUGAAUGGGUGCCAAUUAGGAGGUAAGAAAUUAAAGGUCCAGCUUAAGAGGGAUAACAAGCAGAGUAAGCCUUACUGAUGAAGCUUAACAAUGGAAUUUUGUAUAAUUCACGUUGUAAUUCAUGAUCCAUCUGAUGUUUAUACAAUUUGUAAUUUCUGUAACAUGAAAUUUCAUUUAGACAUUGAUUAUUAAUUUAUUGAUUUUUCCCCCCAAGAA